AUGUCCGGCGGCGGGAGGACGCACCGGGUCCGAGACUUUAACCGUUUCAUCACCUGCUACCUUUGCGGAGGUUACCUCAUCAAGCCCACCACGGUCACCGAGUGCCUGCACACCUUCUGUAAGAGUUGCAUCGUGCAGCACUUUGAGGAAAGCAACGACUGUCCCAAAUGCGGCAUUCAGGUCCACGAGACAAACCCGCUGGAGAUGCUCAGGCUGGACAACACUCUGGAGGAGAUCAUUUUCAAGUUGGUUCCGGGCCUCCGAGAGCAGGAGGAGGAACGAGAGGUGGAAUUCUGGAGGGAAAAUCGGCGUGACGAGAACCUACCGGCCGGCGACGCGGUGGGAGCGGGGCUUCCCAUCGGGGAGGACGACGGCGGCAACGACGACUACCACAGGAGCGACCCUCAGAUCGCCGUCUGCCUCGACUGUUUGUGCAACACGGGCCACGCCGGCGAGACCAACGUCACGGACCUGAUGAAGAAAUUCAUCCGUUGUUCCAGUCGCGUGACGGUGGGAACCAUCAAGAAGUUUCUAAGCCUCAAACUCAAACUACCCAGCUCCUACGAGCUGGACGUGUUGUGUAACGGUGAGAUCAUGGGUCGAGAUCACACGCUGGAGUUCAUCUACAUGACAAGAUGGCGGCUGCGUGCCCACAACACGUAUCCCAUGGUCCUCGAGUACCGACCGCGCAUCGACUUUGGAUGA